UGAUCUAGGUAGCAGAGCCUGCAAAUCUUCACCUGAAUAGACCUGGUGAGGCUAAUGGUGUGAAUAAAAGUUUGAAAGAAGAGGACCUACACAAGCAAUCCACAAACAAAAGAUAUCAAAGCUGUAUUAUAGCAUAUAGAAUCAGUCAGAUUCAUUUCUCCUUUACUGACAGUUAAGAUUAAAAUACUAGGUGUUCUAUGCAGCACCAGUCAAAGUAGUGAUCUAGAUGGAGACAGCCUGGUGGGAAGUUGAAAUAAACCCUAAGGAAUGAAAAGUAGGAAGAUGUGAUUUGCUUUUUUUGUGAUUACUUGAAAAAAUAAGUCAUGAUAGCAGUAAUGCCCCAUUCAUCUGUGAGACAAACCAACCAUAUGAAAAGUGGAUGAAGAAAAAUCAUUCAAUGUACUUUCUGUCCAAUGUGAUAAAAUAUCAAUGGAUAAAAAGGAUUGGGGUUUUUGUUUAAUGAAGAAUUCCAGUUUUGAAAUCUCAUUUGGUUGUGUAAAGCCAAACGGGUUUUCUGCUCAGUAGCCUGAAUUUUACAAUUUUACUAUGGCCAUUUAGUCAACCAGAUAUUUAAUUCAGAUCCAUUGUGUUCCAGGGAAUAUUUUCAUCUCUGUGAAAGUGAGAAUUUCAAGACUGAAGAAGUCAAAAUGCUAUUGCACACUAUAAUUGAUUUUUGUGUGUGUGUACAAUUAGCUUAAGGUAUUAAUAUAAAAAGUAGGUAGCUGCAUCUAAUCAUUUUUUUUGGAGCAAUCCGAACCAUCUGCCUCUAGAUAUUAACGAGUUCACUCUUUAAUCCAGAUUAUGGCUGACAAACUGGUUUUGGCAUUCACGUUUCACUAGCAUUGUGCCCUUGAAGAGCUGAUGUGGCUGUAGAAACUCUCUCGCUUACAAUUGUUGGUUUUGAAAACAUUUUUGGUUUGGUUUGGCUUUCUUGUAGUUGUUUGCUUAUAGCUCCUUUUUUCUUGAGAAGAUGGCCUUUCUAAUGAAAAGUAUGUUGAGCAACCAGGUAAAGAAUUUGGGACUUGGAGGUGGAGGGGAAGAAAGCAAAGAAGAAAGCACUCCUUCUGAUCCAGCAGCAGCUGCAGGAAUGACCAGAGAGGAGUAUGAGGAAUAUCAAAAGCAAGUGGUUGAGGAGAAGAUGGAAAGAGAUGCAGCGUUUGCACAGAAAAAAGCAGAGCGAGCCUGUCUGAGGGUUCAUCUGAGAGAAAAGUACAGACUCCCUAAGAGUGAAUUGGAUGACAAUCAAAUACAGAUGGCUGGAGAUGAUGUGGGUUUGCCAGAAGACCUUCAGAAGAUGGUGGCAGAAGAUCAGGUGGAGGAAGAGGACAAGGACUCUAUCCUGGGACAGCUGCAGAACAUCCAGAAUAUGGACAUGGAUGCGAUCAAAGAAAAGGCACAAGCCACCUUCACCGAAAUUAAACAGGCUGCUGAGCAGAAAUGUUCUGUGAUGUAGAAGAGACACCACUAUCCA